UAGGAGAGGGAAAAGGGGGCACUGGGCUCACAUCUGAUUGUCCCUUUGCCAGCCUCCAUUUCUCUACAGCUCAACCUCUUGGAGAAUCCUUGUCCCUUUGCCCCAUGUUUGUGCCACCCCGUGAUGCCCAGCGGCAGUGGAGUAUAGUAGAGCUAGCAUAUGAUUCCCUCGCAAACCCCCAAAACUUGAACCUUUUUCAGUUUGUAUACAUUCAUCUGCACUGUAGUGUUAGUGCUGCUUCAGUUGGCUAGCUCAAAGUUCUUGAAGAAACCAAUGCAAAUCCUGGGAGGUUUCUUCAUAGAGAGGGAUUAACCUGCAGAUAUUGGUAUCUUGUUCUUCCUUGCUUUGGGGUGAAAAGAACCGGUGGUGCAGCACUAGCAGUGACCAGUGAGUCAGAUCUGUGUGUUGGAUUGCAGCACAUUGUUUUUCUGGUGACCAGUAGCUAUCUUCAAUAACUAUACAAGCUCCUCUCACCUUAACUUUUCUGAGCCGAGCUCGGCUGCUAGCUAGCUGCUGGUGCCUCCAUCCAUGCUCUCAAGCUCAUUUCAUCUUUUGGCUCCCAGUAAUGUCCAAGAACUUAGAUCAAUCUUCUUGCUCCCAAUAGUUAAUCCUAGAUUUUAGGACCCUUGAUCGAGCCAGGAAAGCUAGUGGGUAGAAACAGAUUGAGGUUAGGCUGAAGGAAUCUUCAGAAAAUGGGUGGAACCCAUGCUCUGCUCCUCCUGCUGUCGGUGGCAGCGGCGGCGCUGGCAGCAUUGGCUCCGGGAGCCACGGCGCUUCAGGCCUCGCAGGCGUGGUCUCUCCUCAAGCUCCGGCAGCUGCUGGGCGACCCACCGGCGCUCAGCAGCUGGCGCAACUCCACCGACUUCUGCUACGGCGGCGACUACAAGACCGCCUCCGCCUUCGUGGAGUGCUACGACGACAGCGUCACGCAGCUCCACAUCAUCGGCGACCCCAGCGCCGGCGCCGCCCGGCCGCUGCCCAAGACUUUCUCCAUAGACGCCUUCUUCACCACGCUGUCGCGGCUGCCGGACCUCAAGGUGCUCACGCUCACCAACCUCGGCCUCUGGGGUCCGCUGCCGGGGAACAAGAUCUCCCGCCUCGCCUCCCUCGAGAUCGUUAACGUCAGCUCCAACUACCUCUACGGCGAGCUCCCCCGGGGACUCUCCAGGCUCCCCAAUCUCCAGACUCUCGUGGCCGAUAACAACAUGCUCAGCGGCGGCUUCCCGGAUUGGCUCUCGGGCGGGGAGAAGCUGCCGCUCCUGGCCGUGCUGAGCCUGCGGAACAACAGCCUCUCCGGGACGCUCCCGGAGUCCGUGGUCAAGGCCAUGCCGUCGCUGCGGACGCUCGUGCUCGCGUCCAACAACAUCUCCGGGAACCUGCCGGACCUGAGCGCGCUGGAGCACCUCCAGGUGGUGGACAUGGCGGGGAACUCGCUGGGACCGGAGUUCCCGCGGCUGGGGCGGAAGGUGGCCAGCGUGGUGCUCGCGGGGAACAGGUUCAGCGACGCGCUUCCGGAGGAGCUCCUCGCGUCCUGCUACCUCCUGGAGCGGCUGGACAUUUCGUCGAACAGGUUCGUGGGGCCGUUCCCGCCGGCGCUGCUCUCCCUGCCGUCCAUCGAGUACCUUAGCAUCGCCGGGAACAGGUUUACCGGCAAGCUCUCCGGCAACGCCUCCUGCGGCGAGAACCUCCGCUUCGUCGACCUCUCGUCGAACCUCCUCACGGGGAGCCUCCCCGCCUGCCUCGCCGCCCGGAAUAAGGACUCCGGCUCCAUGACGGUGCUCUUCUCUGCCAAUUGCCUCUCUGCCGACGGCAAAGACGAUUCCCAGCACCCGUCGCCGUUCUGCCAGAACCAAGCUCUGGCCGUUGGGAUAGUGCCUGAAAAGGCACACAAGAAGCCGGGCGCGAAGGGCGGCCUCGUGGCCGCCAUUGUCGCCGCCGUUCUCGGCGGAGCGUUGGUCGUCGGCGCCGCCAUCUUCUUCGCGGUGAGGAAGGCGAGCACCCCCAAGGCGCGGCCUCCCCGGAGACUGCUGGAGCACGCAUCGAGCGCUUAUCCAUCCAAUUUGUUCGCCGAUGCGCGUUACAUAUCUCAGACAGUGAAGCUGGGGGCUCUUGGCAUUCCGGCGUACCGAUCAUUCUCGUUGGUCGAGCUCGAGGCGGCAACCGACAACUUCGAAGUCUCUAGCCUGAUGGGGCAAGAUGCUCAUGGCCAGAUGUACCGGGGAAGGCUAAGCAACGGGACACCGGUAACAAUCAGGACCCUGAAGGUCAAAAAGAGCCAGUCCUCACAAAGCUUCAACCGUCACAUCGAGAUGAUAUCGAAACUCAGGCACCGGCACCUUGUCAGUGCGCUCGGGCACUGCUUCGAAUACAACCUCGACGAUUCCACGGUGACGCAGCUGUACCUCGUGUUCGAAUACGUGCAGAACGGGAACCUCAGGGGCAGGAUCUCACAAGGAACGGAAGGGCGAAGGCUCACCUGGGGGCAGAGAAUAUCAACCACCAUCGGUGUCGCCAAGGGCAUUCAGUUCUUGCAUGGAGGGAUCAUACCUGGCCUCUUUGCGAAUAACCUGAAGAUCACCAACAUUCUUCUGGAUCAGAACCAGGUUGCAAAAAUCGGCAGCUACAAUAUCCCCAUUCUAUCAGAGACGACUACGAAAUCCGAGGGAGGAGCUGGAAACAAGUAUGCAUCUGAUAGGGUACCCAAUGGUGAUAAGAUUGACAUCUACGAUUUUGGUGUGAUACUACUUGAGGUUAUCUCAGGCAAACCCAUCAGUUCCAUAUAUGAGGUAGAAAUAAUGAAAGAACAGUUGCAAUCGGCGCUGACAGCGGAAGGACCGAGCAGGAGGAGGAGCUUCGUCGACCCGGCGGUGAGCAAGGGGUGCUCGGACGAGUCGAUGAGGACUGUCAUGGAGAUCUGCCUGAGGUGCCUGGCCAAGGAGGCGAAGCAGAGGCCUUCGGUGGAGGACGUGCUGUGGAACCUGCAGUUCGCCGCCCAAGUGCAGGGUGACUGGAGAGGGGACUCACGGAGCAGCGAGGAGUCCCCUCUUUCGCCGUCCAAGGUCCCCGCAGAAUCAGCAGACUACUGACGAGUAGGCAGGGGACCUGAAUUCUGACUGAAAUGACAUGCUGCCCGUGUUCUUGGGCAUCUAGCAGACUAGCAGGGUGAGGAAAAAUAUCGGCAAGCUCGUAACGAAGAAUGAUGUGAACACUUACCAGUAUGAUCAGCAUGGUUGCAGGGGAAAACUGCACAUGAUAAAUUUCAGGCAAACUGUACAGCAGCUGCAGCUGAAGCUGGACCGCGUGAUACAGAUGACAUCGUUAGUUGAAUCUCGUAUCCUGCAUUGCAUCAGGAGGGCCUUUUUCUUUUCAGAACAUCAAGAGGGCUUUGGAUCAUUUGAGUAGUGACCAUGUACAUAAGCGCCAUGGUAUUUGUUUUUCCUCCUCUGAUAGGACUAAAUGUAACAUGUUGAAGCAGUAGUAGAUAUUUUCGUUUUGGGUUGGGAUGCAAAACAAGGGAGAAAAAUUUUGUAACAGUAAUUGUGAUAUUCCAAUAAACCAUUAUUGUGUUGCUUAGACUUCGA